CAUUUCUUCUCAGCUAUCCUUUUGCCUCUUUAUAUUUCCCAUUUUUUCUUGCAAGAAAAAGCAGGCACAAAUUAAAACUCAAUUUGUGCCUUCUGGAAAAACAAAUUUAAGUGCCCACAAAAGAAAAAUCAGCUCAAAAUCUCCCCUUUCUUACAAAGAAGCAGGAAAACCCUUGAGAGGUUCUAUUAUAAGUUGUGAAAAAAAACAAAAAAAAAAAACAAUGGCAAUGAAAGGUGGAUUGAGGAGUGAAGACUUGGAAUCCUUCAAGAAACUGAUGGUGUUUAGUGGUGGUCUUGAUGGUGGUGUUAGUGGUGGUGGUGGUGUCGAGAUGGGCGGUGAUAUGUCGGCGCAAUGGAAAGAUAUCCCAAUGGAGUUGCUCCUGCGAAUUGUCACGCUUGUUGAUGAUAAGACAAUCAUCAGGGCUUCUGGGGUUUGUAGUGGAUGGAGGGAAGCUAUUUGCCGCGGGCUAACACAUCUCUGCCUCUCAUGGUGCAAGAGCGACAUGAACAACCUAGUCCUUUCGCUUAUUCCAAAAUGUACAAAUUUGCGGACUUUGAUACUUCGCCAAGAUAAAGCACAGCUUGAAGAUAUUGCUGUGGAGGCUAUAUCAAACUUCUGCCAUGACUUACAGGAGCUUGACUUGAGCAAAAGCUUCAAACUAACUGAUCGUUCUCUCUAUGCAUUGGCUCAUGGUUGCCCGAAUCUGACAAAGCUGAAUAUCAGCGGGUGUUCAGCUUUCAGUGAUGUUGCACUUGCUUAUUUGAGUAGCUUUUGCAAAAAGUUGAAGUCGAUAAAUCUUUGUGGGUGUGUGAUGACUGCAACUGACAAGGCUCUGCAGUCCAUUGCGUACAACUGCAAGGAGCUGGAGACUCUUAACCUGGGAUGGUGUGAAAAUGUUGGGGAUUUGGGAGUGACAAGUCUUGCAUAUGGCUGCCCCAAUCUUCGAGCCCUCGAUUUGUGUGGUUGUGUACUUAUAACAGAUGAGAGUGUGAUUGCGCUAGCAAACGGAUGCCCCCUCCUUCGAUCUCUCGGCCUCUACUACUGCCAGAACAUAACAGACCGAGCAAUGUACUCACUAGCCCAGAGCCGUGUCAGAAACAAACACGGUGUGUGGCAUUCCAUCAAAAGCAGAAACGAAGACAACGGUCUUGUAAACCUCAACAUAAGUCAGUGUACUGCUCUCACUCCCUCGGCUGUUCAGGCGGUAUGUGAUUCCUCCCCGGCCCUUCACACUUGUCCCGGGCGUCAUUCCCUUAUAAAAAGCGGUUGUCUUAAUUUGACGUCCGUACGUUGUGCUUGCGGUAUCCAUUCUCACCGCACUGCGAGUACAACAGCUCAUUGAGAGAGAUUUGUUCAAAGUCUCGAUGAUCAAUAUCGUUAUCCUCUUGUAAAUACGGCGGUCUCUAUCUGUUAUGUUAUAAAAUCUUGUAGGAACUACUUUUGCAUUGUUGUUUUUUAAGGUAGAGGGAAGAAGAAACUGACUUUAAUUUGUUGUUGUUCUUUGUUAGAACUUUGAAGGACCUGAAAACGUUGACUUUUGACUCUUGA